GUGAUGCGGGAGGCGGGCAGCGCAGAGUGCGAGGCUCUUUUGUUCGGCUGAGGGGAGGGCCGUUGGCCGGGGCCUGCGGUACGCCGCUUCAGUGAGGGGCUCAACCGCGGUCAACCGGCUUGUUGCUUUUCUGGUCGCCACUCCCCUGGCCGGCCCGACAAGACGCGCUAGUAGCGCGGCACCGAUUUCUCUCGGGCUCGUGGGCGCUGCUCUGAGAGUUAAUAAGUAUUUCUCAAUGGCGAUGUCUACUGAAAAAUUGAAUAGCCUUUCCACGAUUAAUUGGAGAAGUUGUUUGAAUGAGGACAAAAUUCUGAUCCUGCUGCGCUGGGUCUUCGUUGCGGUGCAAGGGCUUCUCUAGUUGUGGCGCGUGGGCUCAGUAGUUGGCGGCGCACGGGAUGCAUUGCGCAGCGUCACCCUUUAUACCAGAAAGCUGGCGGGCACUAUGGGGAAAAAACAAAACAAGAAGAAAGUGGAGGAGGUGCUAGAAGAAGAAGAAGAAGAAUAUGUGGUGGAAAAAGUUCUUGACCGUCGAGUGGUAAAGGGCAAAGUGGAGUACCUCCUAAAGUGGAAGGGGUUCUCAGAUGAGGACAACACAUGGGAGCCAGAAGAAAACCUGGAUUGCCCCGACCUCAUUGCUGAGUUCCUGCAGUCACAGAAAACAGCACACGAGACAGAUAAAUCGGAGGGAGGCAAGCGCAAAGCUGAUUCUGAUUCGGAAGAUAAGGGGGAGGAGAGCAAACCAAAGAAGAAGAAAGAAGAGUCAGAAAAGCCACGAGGCUUUGCCCGGGGUUUGGAACCGGAGCGGAUUAUUGGAGCUACAGACUCCAGUGGAGAACUCAUGUUCCUGAUGAAAUGGAAAAACUCUGAUGAGGCUGACCUGGUCCCUGCCAAGGAAGCCAAUGUCAAGUGCCCACAGGUUGUCAUAUCCUUCUAUGAGGAAAGGCUGACGUGGCAUUCCUACCCCUCGGAGGAUGAUGACAAAAAAGAUGACAAGAAUUAACUCUCCUGAGUACCAGCCCCUGUCACAUCUGACUGUGGGUUUCAGGUGGGGAAAGAAGGAGAUCUACUUGUCUUGACACCGUAGAGGGGGCUUGAGAAGAUGUCCUUUGAAGAGCCAGUAUAGUUUCUGUGCCCUACAGCAGCCCAAGUGCUUUAAAGCCGCUCCAUGCUGUAUAGUUUGCACACCCAUCCCAGUGGAGGGAAAGGAGGGUCAGUGUUUCAAGGCAACCCAUUCUGAACUUUGCUGAGAAAAGCAAAGGGCCUUCUAUGAAGGACAAAACUUGCAGAAUGGGAUGUGGGAGAGCAAAAGAUACUGCAGAUCUUCAAAGAGCAUCUCCACAACCCACAGCCUUCUUCCCAAUAGUGUUAACUCUGCAUUUUUACAGCGUAGCAUGUAUGUAGUUUUUGGCUAUUUCUGGUGUGUUAUUUGGGGUGGGAGGGAUGGGGUGGGGAAGAAGGGAGAUGGGUUAGGAUCAUUUUUGUUAAAAUUUGGGGCCUGUUGGGGGGAAAUGGUGAAAGAAAGGAAAGAACAACUAAUGAUGAUUUGGUUCUGUGUCCAGAAUAUUUCAUCCUUUCAAAAAAUGUCAUUGGCAACCUAAAUGAGGACUGUGAGAGACUGUUUAAAAGCUGUGAAUGCCUGAAACUUAGAAGCCAAGGUGUUGCCUGCCUGAGCUUAAUGCUGUUCCCAAAAAGCAUUAAGCUUUGGUAACUUCUUAACUUCCCAAUUAAGAAGUUACCAAAGCCGCCAUUUGGGGGAUGGAAACUGGUUGAGGAAAAGUCUUAUUGGAGUGUAUACACAGGCAGAUCAUUCUGUCUUAGAGGUGCUAAUUCUUGAAAUUGACAAGAAGACCCUUUCUUUUCCAAUUUUGAAGUUAUAAAUAUCAGCUUCUCCAUCCAAGCCACUGGCUGAAGUAUUUGGGGAAGGGCAGAGGGUGGUAUAGGAGAUGGGAGAGUAGGCAAAGACAAGGGCCGGUACUCUUAGGGUGGAAAACUCUUGGAGCCUCUGUUUUUUGAACUUUGAAACCAUUGGUGGCAGGGUUCAGUCACUGACAGCACAAGUUCACUGAGUCACUUCAAGAGUUGAAUGAUUUCUGAAGCCCUGGUCUCAGGAGAUUAAAUUUUCAUACUGGGGCAGUGGUUCACUUUAAAACAAAACACAUUUUUUUAAUCCUAAGAAUUAACUAAAACCCAAAAUGCUGUCUUGAAUCAUGAGAUCCAUCAGUUCUUGACAUCAUUUAGACCUGCAUCUAGAACUCCGUUGUAAAAUCUUUUUAGGCAUGUGUUAGGUUUCUGUGAAAACUUUUGUUUUUAAAUGUUAAACUUCAUACCAACACUGUCAGUUCUUGUCUUAAUAAAACUAUAGAUUUAUAAUCCUU